AUGAGAUACGGCAGCGUCCGCGACGAGUCGGAGCCGGACGACCUCCGCGAGAUCCCGGACACCGUCGCAGAGACGCUGGCGCUGAAUUCGCCGUCCAGCGAUCGGCCCCUGUACCUGACGUUCCGCUACUUUCUGCUGAGCAUCGUAUUUGUCAUCCCGGGAGCGUUUGUCGACACGCUAAAUUCUCCUGCCGCGAAAAACCGUGAACCUGCUGGGAUUCCGGUUCAGUCUCAAUCCUGGCCCCUGGUCCAUCAAGGAGUCUGUUCUGGUCACGCUGACGGCGGCCUCGGGCGCCACCGGCAACCAGGGAACGGCCGGCCUGUCACUGUCGGAGAUCUACUACGACCGCAAAGUGCAUCCUUUCGUGGCCCUGGUCUUCAUGUACAGCAUUGUCUGGACGGGCUACUCUUUUGGAGCCAUAGCGAGGAACUUUGUGCUGUACGAGCCACAGUUUGUGUGGCCCAAGGCGUUGAUGCAGACCUCGCUGUUCAAGGCCCAGGAACAUGCUGGCAGCCACUCGAGCUCGCAGAUGCGCGUGUUCAUAGUCGGGCUUGCUUCGCUGUUUGCGUGGCAGUUUUUCCCCGAGUUCAUCUUCCCGUUGACGUCGUCGGUCGCGAUACUGUGCUUCAUGGCUCCUCACAACGCGGUGCUGAAUUUCUGGGGCUCAGGCCUCGGCGGACUCGGGUUUCUGAACAUCUCGCUCGACUGGAGCAACAUCUCGUCUUCGGUGAUGCUGAGCCCGUACUGGACGAUCGUGAUGCAGUUCCUGGGGUUUGCCGCUCUGUGCUGGGCAUUUCUGCCCUUCUGCAAAUGGUACGACCAGGGAAAAUACUCCCUGGGGCUGAUGGACAACAGGCUUCUGCUCUCAAACGGGUCACUGUAUCCAACAACACAGCUGCUCACUCCGGAGCUCCAGCUCAACGAGACCGCGUACGAGCUGCUCGGGCCGAUCCAUUUCGGCACCCAGAGACUCGCAAACAUCUUCUUUGA